AGCAGCAGCAGCAGCAGCGCCUCCGCUCCGCCGCCGCGUUCCCCGCUCCCCGCUCCCCUCGCUCCCCGCUCCGCCGCGCUCUCUCCCCGGACUCCUCCAUGCGGCGGAGCGCGCCUGGCCCGGUCCGGCCCGGUUCCCCAGCAUGAGGAUCCGCUGCAGGGUGGCGGUGCUCGCGGCCAGCCUCGGACUUUUCCUACUUCUCUACUUUCUCGGGGGGAACGGAGCGGACGAGCCCCCGCUCCGAGAAGUUCCGGAGGACAGGGACGAGUUUCCAGCUUCUUCUGCCCAGAGAGAGAAGAUCUCCCCGGCCAAGCAGCUCCGCGGAGACCCGCCCCAGCAGAAGAAGCUCCGCCAGAACCCAAAAGAACCCGAGAUAACAGCCAGCAGAUCCAGCAACCAGAACCCGAAACUGAGGCUGAAGACGGAUAAGGGGCGGUCCGGGUCGAAGGUCGUCUACCCGGAGGACUGGAUGCACCUCGCGGUGGUGGCCUGUGGGAACCGUCUGGACGAGACGCUCACUAUGGUGAAGUCGGCUCUGCUCUUCAGCAUCAAGAAGAUCAAGUUCCACAUCUUCACUGAGGAGGAUCUGACUGAACAGUUUGAGAAAGUGCUGAGUCAGUGGCCCCGAUCAUAUUCCUCUAAGUUCCAGUACAGUCUGUACCCAAUCACCUUCUCCGUGGGAAACGCUGAGGAGUGGAAGAGGCUCUUUAAACCCUGUGCUGCUCAGAGACUCUUCCUCCCGGUCAUCCUGAAGGACGUGGACUCGUUGCUGUACGUGGACACUGAUGUCCUGUUUCUCCGGCCGAUGGACGACAUCUGGAGGUUCCUGAAGAACUUUAACAGCACUCAGCUGGCGGCGAUGGCCCCCGAGCACGAGAUCCCCAAAAUCGGCUGGUACAGUCGCUUCGCCCGCCACCCGUUCUACGGCGUCACCGGGGUGAACUCGGGGGUCAUGCUGAUGAACCUCACCCGGAUUCGGAGCACCGUGUUCAAGAACAGUAUGAUCUCCAGCGGUCUAUCCUGGGAGGAUCUGCUGCAUCCCCUCUACCAGAAAUACAAGAACCACAUUACAUGGGGGGAUCAGGAUCUUCUCAACAUCAUAUUCCACUACAAUCCAGAGUGCUUGUACACAUUCCCCUGCCAGUGGAACUACAGGCCCGAUCACUGCAUGUACGGCAGCAACUGUAAAGGGGCGGAGGAGGAGGGCGUGUCCAUUCUCCAUGGCAACCGCGGGGUUUACCAUGACGACAAACAGCCUGCCUUCAAAGUGGUGUAUGACGCCAUACGGGAAUAUCCGUUCGGAGAGAACCUGUUCCAGUCCCUGUUUUUUCCUCUCCAGAACAAGUUCUUGGACACGGUGAACACGCUGUGCGGCAGAAUCCCUCAGGUGUUCCUCAGACAGGUGGAGAAGACCAUGAAGGCUGUGUUUGAGCAGAAGGUGAUCCGGCACGCUCGGCCGCCCAGCCGGCAUCGGCGCUGAUCUGCUGCAGGAGUUGCUGGGGGUUAUGGAGGAGGAGACGCUGUGGUUCUUCACGUCUGAUGGAGGUGAUUUCAGUAAAUGGAAGAUGUGCAAUGCUAAGAGCUCCUGAGGUUCGGCCUGCAGACUCCAGACCUGCAUCCUCUGCUUUAGAGGAGAUAAAGGAUGGAGAAGCUUCCUGGAUGGACCAAUGAGCUUCAGGCAGCGGUUCUGGAUCAUUAAUCGGGAGAUGGUCUUCAGAGAACCUGGAGGGGCGUGGCUCGGAGGAACAUGAUUCAGAGAGCAAGGAGAAAGGUGUAUGUUAAAACGAAUGGGUGGGACAAAAAAAAAAAAGAUAUCGUGAGAUGCCCUGUGAUCCACAUGCCUAAUAUUUAAAAAAAUAUUCACAAGAAUGUACUGUACACUACCGAUAAAAGUUUCAGGACACCAAACAUUUUCAGUUUUUUAUCGAUUUUUAUAUUUUAUCAUUAAUUUAAGCCAUUUUAGUCAUUUUUAGAGCUCAUUGAAUUGCCCAAAAUCUUCCAAAGGUGAGCUCAAUGGUAAAAAGUUCAACAUUUACAUAUAAAUGUGGUUAUUUUAUUGAUAUCCUAAUAUCACUUAAUGUCGCUGUUGCGCAAAAACCCUGAAUAUCCACUUUUUCCACUUUUUUGUUGUUUUUUUUUGUUUAUUAUUAUUAUUAUUAUUAUUAUUAUUAUUAUUAUUAUUAUUAUUAUUAUUAUUAUUAUUAUUAUUAUUAUUAAGGUAUGCAACCAAAACCAAUACAUACAAUAUUAUUGAUUACAAAAAUAAAAUAAGAGAAUAUAACAAGUGAUUUGCUAACCUUUACACACUAAAGUAAGUGGCGUAUAUAUGAAAAAUGUCAGAUAAAGGGUGAUUAAAGAGGCUUUAAAUCAGUGAUUAAAAUUAGUGAUUAAAAUUAGUGAUCAAAGAGAUCCGUGCUGACGACACUGCUUUAAAUACAAUCAAUCCUUCAUCACAUCUCCCCAAUGUUCUCCAGUGAAUGUAUAAAAUAAAUGCCUUGUGUUGAUUUAUAUCACUAUAAUGAGGUACAGGCGCAGAGUACAUCUGUUUUAAUUUUUCUUUUAAUUAUUCAUACAAACCUUAUUAUUCAAAGCUUAAUUCAAAUUAAAUACCGCUCUGCUACAUUCUGUAUAGAAUAUCAUUUUUUAAACAUAUUUUACAUUAUGAACAGUUUGUAGCCUUCGACUCAAUAAUGCACAAAAAAUGGGAUUUUAUUGUUUUUUUUCUGGCUUCUGCGCUUGCGCUGUGCUUAUCUCAUUGAUAACGUUUGAAACAAUUAAAAACCUUAUUUAUAACUUUAUUCAAAUCAAAUACAGAUCUGAUACUUUCUGUAUAGAAUAUCAUUUCAUAAUAUAAUCGAAACAUAUUUUACAUCAGCAAUAAAAUCUGCUAAAAACAUUAUAAACACUUUGUAAUGUUAGACUAAAUAAUGCACAAAAAAUGUGAUGUUCCAGUUUUAAUUUGGCUGCUGCGCUUGCGCAGAUCUCCACAGUGAGGAAGAUCAGUGAUCAUCUUAAUGCUAAACUAGAUACACUACUUUUCAAAACUUUGGUUUUUGGCUUCUCUGCUAGCCAGCUGAUUGGCUCUUUUAGCUGAAUGGCGGAAGUUUGUCCUUAAAUGAACGACAAGAUUAGCGUUACAAGAGCUUUCGUACUGCAGUCAGUGGCUUUUCUCCUCAUUGAUAACAUUUAAAACAAUUAAAAACCUUAUAUACAAACUUUUAUACAGCUCUGCUAUAUUCUGCAUAGAAUAUCAUUUUUGAAACAUAUUUUACAUCAGCAAUAAAAUCUGCUUAAAAACAUUUUGAACAGUUUGUAGUGUUAGACUAAAUAAUGCACAAAAAAUGUAAUUAUGCAGUUUUCAAUUUGGCUGCUGCGCUUGUGCAGAUCUCCACAGCGAGGGUGAUCAUUCAUCAUUUUAAUACAGAGCCAGAUAAAUUUAUUUUUCAAAAGUUUGGGUUUUGGCUUCUCCACUAGCAAGCUGAUUGGCUCUUUUAGCAGAAAGACGGAACUUUAUCCUUAAAAAGGAUAGCGUUAGGAGAACUCAUACCGCAACUUUCAUACUGCAGUCAGUGGCUUUUCUCCUCAUUGAUAACAUUUAAAACAAUUAAAAACCUUAUAUACAGCCUUAUUUAAACCAAAUACAGCUCUGCUACAUUCUGUGUAGAAUAUCAUUUUUGAAACAUAUUUUAAAUCUGCUAAAAACGUUAUGAAUAGUUUGUAGCUUUUGAAUCAAAAAUGCACAGAAAAAUGGGAUUUUGCAGUUUUUAUUUCUGGCUGCUGCACUUGGGCAGAUCUCCACAGCGAGGGUGAUCAGUGAUCAUUUUAAUGCUGAGCUACAUACAUUACUGUUCAAAAGUUUGGGUGUUUGCUUUUCCGCUAGCAGGCUAAUUGGCUCUUUUAGCUAAAAGACGACAGAACUUUAACUUUGAAUGGACGACAAGAUUAGCCUUUCGUACUCAAUUGAUAACGUUUAAAACAAUUAAAAACCUUAUUUACAGCCUAAUUCAAACCAAAUACAGCUCUGCUCAUACACAUAACCACAUACUCAUCUCUUUUACAUUCUUUUCUGUAUUGCUUUACAUUGUAUUUCCAUAUACAGUAUAUACUGAAGAUGCUGUUGAUUUGUUUUAUUAUGUUUUAUAUGUAUUUUCUAUUGGAAGUGAUGGAACAUAACUGAACAUACUGUAAAUAGUUUGAUAUUUGUGAAGAUCAGCACAAUGUGCUUUUUAUUACACGGGACUGGACUGGCUUCCAGCAUCAUCUCACUACUGCUGGUACAUGAGUCUCAUCAGUGGUUCAAACUCCUGGAAACACACACACACACACACACACACUUUACAUUUCAUAUCUCUGAGACUUUCACAUGGUUUACUCUUUCGCUGUGUGAAUUUAUGAGAAGAAAAGGGUUUUAUAUCUCAUUGUCUUUUUACACAGUCAGUUCUGUGCAUGUCUGAAAUGUAAACAAAUGAACAUGUAUCAAAGUAAAGCUUAUUUUCCAAUCAUGA